AUUUAUCACCACGUGCACUGGACCCUGAAACGGAGCGAUACCUAAAUCCGGGGAUGAUUUUCGACAUUGUUCAUUGUUUCCAAUUCCAAAUCACCACGAGAUUUACAAAGUACAAUGUAUUAUUAUUUCUUGAUCAUUGCAAGCUCAGAUUUGGUACCUUAGGUCUAGGAUUUUUCUUGUUUCUUCAUUCAACCUGGACACCGACGACGGUCCCAAAAUGUCCCUUGAACUUCACGUUUGGGGCUCAGCAUUUGGCUUCGAUUCUAUUGAUCCCGAAUGUCUAGCCGCCAUUGCAUGCUUCCGAAGCUGCAUUCCCCGCCAAGAUUGGACCCUGAUCGCCAGCAACGACGCUGCGGUCAGCUCAGAUUGUAGGGCCCCAUCUUGAUCCUGUCUAAUUAAACAAUGCCCAUCCAUGAUUAUAUCCACCUUUGGAAAAAGAAAAAAAAAAGAAAAAAAAAAAAAAAAAACUCUCUUCGCGCUAGGUU